AUGGCGGCUUCCUUGGUCGGACGGGCGUCGAUUCGGGGAGGUUCGGAGACGGUGCAGAUGGUGCUCUUGACGUUUUGCACGAUUGGGAUUACGUUUACAUGGGGCAUUGAAAUGACGUACUGCACGCCCUACCUCCUCAACCUGGGCCUCACCAAGAGCAACACCUCCCUCGUCUGGAUCGCCGGCCCGCUGUCCGGCCUCAUCGUGCAGCCCAUCGUCGGCGUCGUCGCGGACGAGAGCACGUCGCGCUGGGGUCGCCGCCGCCCGCUGAUGCUGGUCGGCGCCGUCAUCGUGUCGGCGAGCCUGCUGGUGCUGGGCUUCACGCGCGAGAUCGUGGCGGCGCUGGGCGGCGGCGAUGGCAAGGAUGCCGCGACGAUGAGGGCGACGAUUGUGCUGGCUGUGGCGGCGAUUUACGCGGUGGACUUUGCCAUCAACGCGAUCAUGUCGUGCGCGAGGAGUCUUGUCGUUGAUACGCUGCCUAUCGAGAAGCAGCAGACGGGAGCCGCUUGGGGCAGCCGGAUGAAUGCCAUCGGCCACAUGAUCGGAUACGGCGCCGGGUCCAUUGACCUCGUCCGCCUCCUGGGCCCCGGCUUCGGCGACACGCAGUUCAAGCAGCUGACCGUCAUCGCCGCCAUGGCCAUCCUCGGCACCACGGCGGUGACGUGCUGGGCCGUGACGGAGCGUGUCCUGGUGGCCAGCAAGGGCCCGACCAAGAAGCACAGCGACGACAGCCCCUUCAGCGUCCUGCGCCAGAUCCGCUCCACGCUCAUGACGCUGCCGCCUCGCGUCCAGGCCAUCUGCUGGGCCCAGUUCUGGUCCUGGAUCGGCUGGUUCCCCUUUCUCUUCUACAGCACCACCUGGGUAGGCGAGACGUACUUUCGCUAUGACCUCCCGCCCGGCGCCGCAAAGUCGGCGGACACGCUGGGAGACAUUGGACGCAUUGGCAGUGCGGCCCUGAUGCUGUACUCGACCGUCAGCUUCGUCGGUGCCUUUUUGCUGCCCAUGGUGAUUCGUUCGCCUGCUGAUGACAGCUACACGCACCGUCCGCCGCGGGCCAUGGCCGGCUUCCUCGAGAAGCUCAACAGCGCCAAGCCCGACCUGCUGACGGCCUGGAUCUGUGGCCACCUGAUGUUUUCAGCAUCCAUGUUUCUGGCUCCCCUGGCGAGGAGCUUUGUAUCGGCCACGUUUCUCAUGUGUCUUUGCGGCAUACCAUGGGCCAUCGCCAUGUGGGCACCGACAGCCUUCCUCGGCAUCGAAGUCAACAAGCUCAGCGGCGCACAGGAUCCCUCUGUCCUCCCUUCAUCGCGUCAAUCCUCCCGACCAUCGUCUUCGUCAUCUUCGUCGUCAUCGGGUGAGCUGUCGGGCAUCUACUUUGGCAUCCUCAACAUCUAUACUACGCUGCCGCAAUUCCUCGGCACCUUCAUCUCCACCAUCGUCUUUGCGCUGCUCGAGCCCGGCAAGAGCCCCGAGCUGCACGAUGCCACCGAGGAGGUUGCCGGCGGCAAGGAGGGCACCAACGCUAUUGCGGUGUGUCUGUUCAUUGGCGCCCUUAGCACGCUGAUUGCAGCUCGGAUGACGCACAAGCUGCGGAAGUUGUCAUGA